ACAGCAACUUGUGGGGCUAGAAGGAAGGACUUUAGUGUGACACCAGUUAUUUUGGGGAAAGUCUAUAUCCGUGGACUAAUGAGGAGGUAAAAUGCAGACCUGAGAUAAGCGGUGUCAAUAAACAGAAAAAAAGAUGGAAGACUCAGGUAAACACAAGUCUCAGUGUUCAAAGCAUAGUAAAGAAAGGGGGAAUGCUGCUGAUGAAGCAGAAUCUUGGAGGAGUCCUGCUCACCAGGAUUUUUGUGGUGAAUGGGGACACAAGGCAGACAAGUCAAGCAACUGGAAGAGCUCUCAAAACAAUGAAGGGACCAGCCCCAGAAAAGGUGGGCACAGCCAUGGUUGGAGCCCUUCAGGUUUCAAAAAGCUCAGUCAUAACCCAAGGAUGAGACAGCACAAUGACAUAAGGGAAGGUUUCAGAAAGUUUCCAACACCAGAAGACCAUUACAAACGAGAAGGCAACUGGCGGGACCCAUCUAAUUUUAAAGAAUAUGAGAGAGAAAGGAAGGAUUCGAUUCAGGGAACCAAUGAAGCAGAUAAAUAUCCAGAUGGUAAUAGUAGAGGGAAGAGGAAUGUGAAACGUCAGCUUCAUAGAGAUUUGGUCAACGAAGGAGAGUCUUCAGAAAACUCAGGAAAAAAAAAUAAAUCAAAACAAUGGAAGAGGCACAAUGUAGACAGAGAUGAUGAUGGUAUUGAUAUUCCAGUUAUUGAUGAAUCUGCCUUAUCAGAGAAAGAGCUGCUUGGCUUGCAUCAAGCUGAAGAACGACUGGGCAAGGAUAAAAUAUUUAGACUUAAAAGGCAUCCACGAAAUUGCCCAAAUGCCAAAUAUAGCUGCACGCUUUGUGAGGUUUUGAUUGACUCAAUUUCUUUAGCACAUAGGCACAUUAAAGAAAAAUGGCACAAGAAAAAAAUUAAGGAAAAACGUGAAGAGGAGUUGCUCUCUUCUCUACCUUUCCCUGAUACAUCCCAAAUAAAAUGCAUAGGUGAUGCCAUUAAAAAAGUAGUAGAUGAACAUGGGUUGAGUCAUGAGGAUGUAAAAAAAAGACAAGAAAUUGUUGCAUUAAUGGAGAAAACAAUAAAGUGUCUCUUACCAGAUUGUUCACUUAGAGUAAAUGGUUCUUCUUGCUCGACAUUUGGCUUUAAGGAUUCUGAUAUUAAUAUUGACAUUCAGUUUCCUGCUCAUAUGCAUCAACCAGAUGUUCUUUUAUUAGUUCAGGAAAGCCUUUCUAAAAGUACUUCCUUUAUUGACCUUGAGACAGAUUUCCAUGCUAGAGUGCCUGUUGUGGUAUGCAAAGAGAAAGAAAGCAAUCUUCUUUGUAAAGUGAGUGCAGGGAAUGAGAAUGCUUACCUCACAAGUGAACAUUUGGCUGCCCUUGCAAAACUUGAACCUUGUACUACUCCACUGGUCGUAGCCUUUCGAUACUGGGCCAAGAUAUGCCAUAUUGAUCGUCCAGAAGAAGGAGGAUUGCCACCCUAUGUGUUUGCACUAAUGGUGAUUUACUUCCUCCAGCAGCGUAAAGAGCCAGUAUUACCUGUAUAUUUAGGAUUAUGGAUUGAAGGCUUCACAAUGAACAAAUUAAGUCACUUCAAGCUUUCUGGAACAGACAGUACCAAUGUUCUUUGGGAGUAUAGCCCAGCUCUUGAAGAUAAUACUUCUUGCUCUGAUGAAUUCAUCAGAAGAGGAAAAGCAUCUCUUACAUUUGCAACUGGCCAUAAGUGUGAAGUUCCUAUUGGACAGCUUUGGGUUGAAUUACUGCGUUUUUAUUCCUUGGAAUUCAACAUGGCUGAUUAUGUCAUCAGUAUUCGCGUUAAAGAACUUUUAAAUCGAGAAUCUAAGGACUGGCCCAAAAAGAGAAUUGCAAUAGAAGAUCCCUAUUCAGUGAAGAGAAAUGUUGCAAGAACACUAAAUAGUCAACUAAUGUAUGAAUACAUUAUCCAUUGCUUAAAAACAACAUACAAGUAUUUUGCCUUGCCUCAGAAAAAACAAACAAAGCCCAAUAUACGAGAUGCCAGCGAUUUAGAUCAAGUUGGGAACAUCACAUUAACAUCAACAAGUGCAAAAAGUAAAGAAAUAAUUGAAGAAGAUUUGAAUGUAGUGUUGCCCCAAAUAAAUUUAGGGAAACUGAAAUUAGACAGUAAUUCAAAGACUGAAUUAAUUGGAAGAAAUCAAACAGUUGUUCGUCGUUUAAAUCAGCAAGAGGAGUGUGAUUAUUUAAUUGAAGCACAAUUUCCUUUUGACAACCCAGAGGUGAAUACUGUCCAUGAAGAUUCAGAUUGUGUGAUAGAAGAAGUAAUGGAGAAAAUGGAUGAUUAUAAACACAGCUCUUGUGAUACAGAGAGUGGAAAUGAGAGUGACAGUCUGUCAGAUUGUGAAGAUCAUUUGAAUAUAGGCACAGAAGAUGGGGAUGAUUUUGCCUUAGAUGAUGCAGGACAGUUAAACAAUGUUGAGGACACUGGAAGCAAUGAAGAAGCAGAGGAUUUUCCAGAGGAAUUUGUUCAAGAAAAACAAAGAUGCACCUCAGGUAGCAACAAUUCAGAGGAUUAUGAUGAAGAUGAGGAUGAAAUUGCUUACCAGAGGCUACAUCUGGAUAGUACUAAUAUGGAGGAAGAAGAAAAUGUGUAUACUGCCUCUGGAGAUGAGAUCUUGUCUGAAGAUGAACAUGAACAAGUCACCCUUGAAGUUCUUAAUGCAAACCAGCAAUGGGGAGAGCUGGGGAGGCAACAUCAGAAAGGUCCCAGUGGAAAUGAUGUUGUGCCAAUUAUUACAAACAAUAUUUCUAACCAAAAUGAUAUGGGCAAUACGCUUGAAAAUGGGCCCUUUUCUGCAAAAACUGCACACACAGAUGAUCUGUUUUAUGUGUUCAAUAGGUUUGAUUUCACAAAAGGCAAGACACCAACAAUUGUGUGUGGCCUUUGUAAACGAGAAGGACACCUGAAACGUGACUGUCCAGAAGACUUUAAGAAAGUUGAUCUUGAUCCAUUGCCUAAAAUGACUGCAAAAUUUCAACGCAUAUUGAACCAAGUCUCCUUUCAGUGUUACAAGGAUUUUGCACCAGACCAAACUGAGGACUUGGCUCGUGAGCACAUACUUCAGAAUCUGGAGCAAUUUGUCAAGAAAGAAUUUGAAGCUGCUAAAUUAAGUUUGUUUGGAUCUUCUAAAAAUGGCUUUGGAUUUAAGCAGAGUGACCUUGAUAUCUGCAUGACAUUUAAGGGAGCAGACACCUCAAAGGGUUUGGACUGCAUAAAGAUAAUUGAAAAUUUGUCAAAACUUCUUAGAAGUCAUUCAGGCCUGAAGAACAUUCUUCCUAUUACUACAGCUAAAGUGCCAAUUGUCAAAUUUGUGCAUGUAAGGACUGGCUUGGAAGGAGAUAUCAGUUUAUAUAACACUUUGGCUCUGCAUAACACAAGGCUGCUUGCUACCUAUUCGAAAAUUGAUGAAAGAGUGAAAUAUCUGUGCUACACUAUGAAAGUUUUUGCAAAGAUUUGUGACAUUGGAGAUGCAUCCCGGGGUAGUUUGUCAUCUUAUGCGUAUACAUUAAUGGUACUUUACUUUCUACAACAGAGGAAACCCCCUGUAAUACCAGUUCUUCAAGAGAUAUAUGAUGGUAAGAAACCGCCUCAAGUCCUUGUUGACGGAUGGAAUGUGUACUUUUAUGAUAACCUGGCAGACCUGAAGAAUGUUUGGCCCGAAUAUGGGAAAAACACAGAGUCAGUUGGUGAACUUUGGCUUGGUUUACUGCAGUUUUAUACAGAAGAGUUUGAUUUUAAGGAGCAUGUAAUCUGUAUCAGACGAAAGAAACUGCUGACAACUUUCAAGAAACAAUGGACAUCAAAAUAUAUUGUGAUUGAAGAUCCAUUUGACCUGAACCAUAACCUUGGAGCAGGACUAUCCAGAAAGAUGACAAAUUUCAUUAUGAAGGCUUUCAUUAAUGGCCGUAGAGUCUUUGGAACACCAUUGAAAGCAUUUCCAAAUGAGUAUCCUUCAAAAAUGGAAUAUUUUUUUGACCCAGAUGUCCUCACAGAGGGUGAAGAGGCACCAAGUGACAGAUGCUGCCGAAUAUGUGGAAAAAUUGGACAUUUCAUGAAAGACUGUCCUUCACGUAGAAAAUCAAGAAGGAGACAAGAUCAUAAAACACAUGAAGAUUCAAAACAUCAGAGGCGAGUCUGUGAUACAAAAGAGUUGCACAAUAUGGAAGGUCAUUCCCCAAGAACAAAGCAUGAGAAGCAGAAUCACGAGGCUGGACGUGAGAGAAUUCUUCGACAGUCAGAAAAUCGAAAAAAGCUAGAGGACAGAGAGUUUAGAGAAAAGCGCUGCUUCAUUUGUGGCUCAGAUGGACAUAUUAAAAAAGAAUGCCCUCAGUACAAAGGCUUUGCAGGUAGUUCUAAGGUUGAUGAUGCACCGUAUUCCACUUCUCCAUCCACUUCGAAAAACUUCAAGAACUUCAAGACACUUGAGAGUUCUCCAGUGCUGGAAGAAAAAAAAAAACAGAGGCAAAAUAUAUUCCUGAGUCCUCAGAAAGGCAGCCCUGCAGGCAAACACAUGACUCAAGGGCGAUCAUCCCAUGGGUGGAAUCAACAAGACUGAGGAAGCAAUGAAAAAUGAGAUGCUGUUUUAAUCCCACAUGGUUUCUCUUAAGAGAUAUACCAAAACUUGCAUUUGUUUUAUUUUUAUGCUUGUUAGCGGGCCAACAUUACAGUAAAACUCUUUAUGAUAUUUUUAAAAUCUGAGCCAAAGGAAGGUGUUUUUAUUUUGAAAUGUUUUUAUGUAACCUGGUCCUAAUGGGAUUUUGUUCUUACUUGUAAUUCUUUUAAAAAUGAUAAAGCCAUGAUGCUUGUUAUUUGUGUAUUAGCUCUAAUGUCCUGUGUACUAGUUUUUAUUUAUUUUUUAAGCCUUUUUUCAGUGUGCACUGUUGAAAACAGGGAAACCUGUUUAAGAAACUGAAGAAUCAUUCUUCAUCCUAUCCAAUGUAAUUAAGUAUUAGUAACAAGAGUGCGUUUGUGUUUUAAUAGUGUAAAAUGAGAGACCUCUCAUGAAAAUGAUUAAAAUAUGGAUAUAAAUUUUUUGACAAAGUUUCAUUUUGGAGUUUUGGUAUAUAAACGAACGAAUCAUGAUUUUUUUUUUUCGUUAGUUAAUUCAUUUGCCGCAGUUCUCUUGUUAGGGAAGAGAAGACCAAGAAUGUGGGGCUUGUCUCCAACUUGAUAUUGCUGCUAUGGUUAUAUUUGCUACUGCCUGAAAACCUGUGACUAAAAUAAAAGUUUCUUAAGAAAAUUC